AUGUCAUUAGUGAAAUAUGAAGUUCAAAAAAAGCUUCAGCAAUACGCUCAAGAUAAUGUACUGCAGAAAACUAAGUUUUUAAAUGAUCCUGUUUAUAUGCUUAGUGAUCAUCAAGGAGCAGCAAAUGAAGUUCAUUUUUCUCCGAAUGGAUCAAUACUUGCUUCUUGCGCAGAAGAAAUCAUAUUAUGGUCGAUAACAGAUACGGUUAAGUCUAUUGGAGCUUUAAGGCCACAUAGUCGCGCAAUUACAAGUUUAUCAUGGUAUGCAGAUUCGACUAAAUUAGCUUCAGUUUCAGCUGACACGACUAUAUGCAUACAAGAUAUUCCAACUGGAACAAUUAUACGUCGUAUUAAAACGCAUAAAGAAAUUAUUAAUACUUGUCAGUUCCUAAAAUUCGAUCAAAACCUCUUGGCUACUGGUGAUGAUGCUAACAUGAUAUACAUUCACGAUAUAAGAACAAAAGAUGCAGUUAUGUCUCGAAAAUCAAAUUCUCCAGUUGUUUCUUUAGCUUCAAACGGCACUUCCCUAGCUGUUGGCGGAAUUGAUGGAAUUUUGUAUAUCAAUACAAUACAGCAAAAUGAUUCAAAAAUAGAAUUAAUGACUAGAUUUAAAGGAGAUACUCCAAUUUUUGGAUGUUCUUUCAAAAAAGAUGGUCUUUAUUGCGCUGUUGUUACUGCUGAUGGUUAUAUGAGAAUAUACGAUAAUAAGUUCUAUUAUCAAGAAGUAGAUAGACUUAUUGCAAAUGAAAGGUUUGCCGAAGACCAAAUAGAGAUUAUACCAACUAGAUGCGUAUGGUCAGAUACUAAUUUGAUUGCUGCAGGCAGCACUGACGGAAUUUUGAGAAUUUGGGACGCAGAGAACGAGAAAAACCCUAUUCUCAAGUACAGUCUUCCUGGACAUAAAGGUUCUGUAACUGGAGUUGAUAUUCAUCCCAAUUAUCCAAUUGUUGCUUCUUGCGAUUCGAAUGGUUCUGUAAUUGUCGGUGAACUUGGUGAUAGCUAA